UCUCAAUCCUCCCUGAUCAUAUUUCUACAGUGUUAAAAAGGGUGAACUGUCUGUCAAUUAAGUUUUAGGGUUUAAAAAAAUAGGAAAUGGAAAUCGGGUAUGGAAGGGUAGAAAUAGAGGGGAUUGAUUGCCCCUUCCCCAGGAGGGGGAGCAGGUGAAGAGGGUGCAGGAGUCGAGACGCCUUGCUUUCAGCUGCUGCUUUGCUCAGAGAUUAAAAAAAAAAAAAAAACCUAAAAAAAUAAAGAAACAUAUUUGGUACCGCCUGAUAUGAUUUGCCACUUGAUUCGGUAGUGGGGCCGCCCUAUGCUCAGAGUUGUGGCAGAAUGCAAAGUACCUGCCUUGCAUUGCAUGCAUGUAUUGUUCAAUCAGGCCAACAAAGGGUUGUUUUUUUCUACCAGGGCUACUGGCUGAGGUAGGUGGAAUUUUAGAAAUUAAGACCCAGUCAAGGCAAAUGAUAAACAAAAGCUUUUAAAAAGGCCUGAAUUCUUGCCAUAUUGGUAUAUAAGGAUGUCAUGAUUCCAUUCACAACUGGAAAGUAUUUCAAGUUGCUCUUGUUUCUUGAUAUUACAGAUCAGAUCAAGUUUUGGUUUUGGUUUUGAUUCUUGCUUUUGAUCUGGGGGGGUCUCUGAGACGAGAAAAUUUUCAUGAUCAUAUAGGUUUUUUUUGUCUCUUGUAUUUGGAACUUGUUUUUUGUGGGUGUUAAACAGCGAGGAUGGCUUUGGAAGGAUAUGGGCUUGAUCAAAUUUUCAGGACUAGAGCCAUCACAGAAGACAUGUGGAGUAGUACUGGUUAUUAUAACGAGCUGUUAAAUUCUGCUGCAUCCUUGCCAUUUUUUGACACUGAUUUCACCAAUGCUGACAAUUCUAUGUUGAAUACUUUGGAGGGUAGUACUCCAGUUCAUGGGAUUUUUAACUCCAGUAAUGUACCCAAUGCAGCUGCAAUUGUUAAUGGAGAUAAUGUUUGGGAUCACAGUGGUUAUUGUAACUACUCAAAAUUUGACUGGAGUGAAUUUGAAGCCUUGAGCUUGCAGAAGGAGCUUGAAUUGAUUUGCUCCAAUUCCCAUGCUGGUUCUGAUGGCAUGCAGGAAAAGUUUUCGAGAAGCACAACAACAGAAGACUCCUGCUAUGUCACAGGAGGCUUCCAUCCGUAUCAAGAUAUUGAACAGAACGGAAGAUCACUGUGUACAAAGAGUAAUAGCAGUGACCACAGUGGUGACAAGACUUUGGAUUUUGACAGAACAAGAGGGCAGCAUAAUGCCUCUGAUGAUUUCAACCUGCGUAUAUCAGACAAAACAAAAGCUUACUGUGAUUUGCAGUCCCCCCCGAACUGCAAAACCAGCCUGCAGACCAAUAAUGUAACAGAGGGGCAAAGAAUCAUAAAGAAAGCAAAGACAUUAAAAGAAAAAAAUGUGGCUAGCAAAGAUGAUGGUGUUAAGAACCCUUUGAAGAAGCACUUAACUGCUGGUGGAGCAAGUCCCAGUCAUGUCAAACCCAUAUCAGGUGGUGGGACCAAAGGCAAAGGACAACCAGCUAAGAAUUUGCAUGCAGAGAGGAGGAGAAGGAAGAGGCUUAAUGAGAGGCUAUGUAUGCUUCGUUCUGCUGUGCCCACCAUAACCAAGAUGGACAGGACUUCAAUCCUGAGUGACACAAUCGAGUACACUAAACAGCUUCUAAGCCAAAUUCGGCAUUUGCAUAAGGAGCUCCAACCCCAAGCUGAGUGGCCUGCACAUCUCAGAGCAUAUGGACCAUACUUUGGCUCUGCUUCUGAUCAAUAUUUUGCAGAUAAAACCAUUCCUAAGUUCGAAGUUCACAGAACAGAUGGAUGGCAUCUAAACAUACACAUGGCCUGUCAAGCAAAUCCAAAUUUACUGAUGUCCACAGUGAACACAUUGGAAUCCUUUGGACUGGAGAUUGAGCAUGGUGUCUUCAGCUGUUUUGGAGAUUUUGGAAUGCAGGCCCACUGUUCAGAGAUGAACAAAGGCCAUGGAAACACAAGACCAGAGGACAUCAAGCUUGCCUUACUCCAGAAAGCAGGCUAUUUAGGUAAAAGUGAACAGAGAGUAUGAACAGGAACAUGAAUGGCCAUGAUUUGCUGAGAGAAUUUUGAAACUAAUCUUAUGGGGAAUCACAAUCCUCUUGUCAUCAAUAAUAACUUAGUCUCAAACAUGUCAUUGAGACCCAAUAGAGAUUGAAUAGAGCUACAGUGUUUUAGGAAUACGGAAGAACUUUGUAUUGUCUUUAAUCUCAUACAUUUAUAUAAUAAUAACCACCCUUUUGAGCCUGAAA